AAAAAGGAAGAAUCCAGCUUCACGCUAGAGGAUGCGGUUCUGGCGUCGGUUGGCAUCGUGAAGUGUGGCCCUGACCAUGGGCUGCUGGUGUCAGAGAGCAUGUUCCUGGCUCUGGAGGAGCUGAUCCAAGCGUGCUGUGAGGAAGAUGAAGGUGUCCCCGUGGUUCUGGUGUGUGGCCCAAAAAACAGUGGGAAAUCAACAUUUAACAGAUACCUAAUUAAUCUGUUACUGAAUCGCCUUCCCUCGGUUGAAUAUAUGGAAUGUGACAUAGGUCAAACCGAAUUUACACCGCCUGGAUGCGUGUCUUUAAGCAGUGUAACAGAGCCAAUUCUUGGCCCACCCUUCACUCACCAGCAGACGCCACGUAAGAUGGUGUAUUACGGACAGAUCAGUUGUGAGCAGGACACGGAGAGGUACCUGGAUGUCGUGAAGUACGUGUUCAGCUCCUACAAGAAGGAAGUGCCUUUAGUCAUCAACACCAUGGGCUGGGUGAAAGGUGAGGGGUUGCUGCUUCUGAUUGAUAUCAUUCGGCUGUUGUCACCCAGUCACAUUGUUCAGAUGGACGUGUACGACUGGAAGGCCAUGGCCCCGCUCACCCCGGAGUACGUCCAUCUCACCCCCGGCCUGUACACCAAGGGCCGGCAGCAGGCCAAGUGCAAGCAGGGGGGGACGAGCGGAGCGGAGAGCUGGAAGCCCUCUGAAGGGGAGGGGGAUGCCUCGGCUCCCGAGUACAAGCUGCUGUACGUCCAUCCAGAAUUCCCUCGAGCAGGGGUUGCAGCCGUUUCUUCUUCCUCGUUUUUACCCCCUCAGGUACCUUUCAAUGCGGUCGCGCUCAGGGUCGUUCACACCGACGUUGCUCCUACCAACAUCAUGUACGCGGUGAACGCCAGCUGGGUCGGGCUCUGCAGGAUACCCGAUGAAAUCAGAUGCCAGAGCGAGGGGCCGGUCUUGCUGACACAGACACCGGUCUGCGACUGCCUUGGCUUCGGAAUUGUUCGAGGGGUUGAGAUGGAGAAGAAGCUUUACCACGUGCUGACACCAGUGCCUCCGGAGAACUUGAGAGCAGUGAACUGCCUGCUCCUUGGAAACGUUGCCAUCCCAAACUGCGUCCUUGUGGGCCAGCAAGGAGUUGAGGGCGAGAUCCCCUAUGUCACAGCUGACUAUAACUACAGCAUCUUGGGGUCUGGGAAGCUGAAAAAGAAGAAGCAUUUCAAGAGGAGGGAGUACGCGUUCGAGUGUGAUUACACCUAGAGCCAGGGGACCCGGGACCGUGGGGUUGGUUUUGUACGGAGACGGGUGAGAGCUGGGUGCGGCCGUGGAAGCCCUGGGCGCUGCAGAGCUCUGAGACCCCGGGCACUUGUCCGGAGUAGAUACCACAGCAUGUCCGG